UCAAUUCCGAUCGCCUUGUUGAGCAUUUGCGCGCUCUUCCUCUCCCUCCCUUCCUCGGUGCGACUGUCGCGCAACGCCGCAAAUUGAGCCACUCAUUACGAUACCGAAUCAGUGACAGUAGACAAAGCCAGAUGUGUCUCUGCUAACCGUUCAUUAAAACUGCUUACUUCGAAAACCGGAUUGGAAGAACUAUCCCUUGGUGCAUAGUCGCUUAUCUCAUACUGUGCUUUUGUUGCAUGACCGCGCCAGCUGUGUGUCAGGAACACGCUCUAUACCGUCUUUGGUCGGCUGUGGGACUCGAAGGAUUUCCCGGUGGAUCGCGCACGUCUUGCCAGGAUAAUGAGUCCGGUGGAUAAGGCUCCCGUCCCCUUGUGGGCGAGGGAUGUUGUGAGCGAUCUCAAGUCCGACGCCAGUACGUUUACUAGUUGGGACAAGUGCAUGUCCAAGGCUUACUGCAAGUGGCCUGUUAUCGUCGCUAUCAUCAUCGCAGCGCUGAUUCUCCUCUCCGUUAUCGCUUGCGUGAUCAAUUGCCUGUGCUGUGGUGUGCAAUGUUGCAAAUGCUGUUGUGGAUGUUGUUUCAAGUGCUGCCCGGGUUUCAAGAGGAAGAGGAACAAGCAAAAAUACUUGGACGACCAGUAUGACCAACCGCCUCCCAUGCCUGCUAUGCCGACAAUGCCAGCACCUAUGAACAAUGCCUAUCAGACGCCCUACCAACCACAGGCACCGCCCGUGUACCGUGGAGCAGAAGUGGCACGGUUCGAUACGCCGUCAAGCCCGGCACACGGAAAGUUUGACGAGGAUGCGUUGCCCGCCAUGCCUACCUGGGAAAGUGCCGUGACAAAGAAGGUAGAGGAUGAGGACCCCCACGCGGAAUCACUCGAGAUGAAACCUCUGAGCAAUGCGAACCAGGAGCCUCGUCGCAUGCCCUCUGGUGCCCGAUCUGUUACAGGAGGCUAUGGCGGCCCUCCGCCGUCGAGAAUCGCAACGCCUGCUGCACCAGGCGCAUACCAUUCCGAGCCUCGAGGAUACGACGGAUAUGAUGGACCGGACGCUUAUGGCUAUCACGCGCCUGGUCCACGGUCGCCUCCGCCAGUUUCUCCAUACGAGCACCAGCCGUACAGCGAAUAUCCCCACGAAGACCGCUUCCAUAACAUGUCACCGGCUCCCACGUACACCACGCAACCGCAAUAUAUGCCCAUGGACGCGACGCAACCCCAUCAUGCACCUACGGACGGCAUGCAGCCAUAUCAGAUGCCCAUGGACGGCAUGCACCCGCAUUAUAUGCAACCAGAGCCUGCGCACUCGCACUACAUGCCGCCGCACCAGAUGCCUCCGGAUACAGGCACGUACGGACAGCCGAUGCCGAUCAACAGGACAUUCUCUCCAGCUCCGACGCUCCACUCGGCGAUGAGUGCGCCUCGUCCGGUCCCGUACCGCCAGCCUUCUCCAGGCUUCCAGGCCCCGCCGUACCGCAACAUGUCUCCAGCGACUCCCACAUCGCCCCCUCCUCCGUUCUCUACGACCCCUGCGCCUCGCGAAGCCAAUGAACCGGGCCGGCCCCCGAGUCUUUUGCAGAGCGGACGCAGGCCUACCAACUUUUAAGUCGCCUUCCACCCCCAGUAGCCAUGAUAUUUUCAGCAACCGGUCUCAUGACCGAAGCUGACCCUACUCGCAUGUGCUUGGCACGUCCCUCCAUAUGGGAGCAGCGUGAU